CGCCUCCUCGCUUCAGUCGUUUGACGUCAAACUGCCGCGACACUGUGAACAUGGCUUCUAGGUUGGAGAUAAAUUUUAUUAGAUUGCUGUCUCGAUGUGAAUCCAUGGCUUCGGAGAAGCGUGGGGAGACUGAAUGGAGGUUAGAGAAGUAUGUUGCUGCCCUGGAGGAGAUGUUGGUGGCUCUGAAGAAAAGCCAAAGCAAACCAACACAAGAGGUCCUGGCUGAAUACACAAGAAAAGUCGGUUUUCUUAAAGGGCUCCUGGAGGCAGAAAAACUACCGUCACCAACAGAAAAGGCUCUAGCCAAUCAGUUCCUCACCCCUGGCCGCAUGCCCACAAUAGCCAAUGAGAGGAUGCCUGCCAGCAAAACAGUUCACAUGCAGUCCAAGGCUCGAUGUACAGGAGAGAUGAGGGCUGAGCUGCUUGGCACGCAACCUUCUAGCAAAGAUUCAGAGCUGAGAAACAGAAGGAGUCUUCCUGUGGAUGAGCGUCAGUCUGCUGCUGAGCUGGACGCCAUCCUGCAGCACCACCACAACUUGCAGGAGAAACUGGCAGAGGACAUGAUUAACCUAGCCAGAAACCUGAAGAACAACACUCUGGCAGCACAAAACAUCAUCAAACAGGACAACCAGACUCUGACCCAGUCCAUGCGUCAGGCGGACAUGAACUUUGAGAAGCUGAGGAACGAGUCCGAGCGCCUGGAGCAGCACACCAAGAAGUCCGUAAACUGGCUGCUGUGGCUGAUGCUCAUCCUGGUCUCCUUCACUUUCAUCAGCAUGAUCCUCUUCAUCCGAAUCUUCCCCAGGCUCAGAUGAUGACUGAACACAAUGUCGAACUCUUAUGUUGCGUUUACAAGAGCAACAACUAACUGUGUAGUCCUAAGAGAUCCGAUUCGAAACCAGAAGAAGCUGGAAGCCCUCUUCUUACUCCUUUGAAACAGCUGUUGUUUUUUUUUUCCUUAACACAACGGGGCAUGAAGUGAGAUGAAGAGCUACUUGAAGGGGGGAGUCGGGAACAAGUCAAAAUGCACAAACAGGAAGUUAGCCUUAAUUAGUUUAAUCCCUCAUCAGUGCGUGAGCUCUGAAGUUAGUUCUUUCCACUGUUUGUCGCUUGGAGCGUUGUUGAACCAGCCACCAUCAGAUUAACUCCUUCCUGUCUAAAGCAUCUUCUAAACAUGGGAGGAGUUUCAUCCUUAAGCUGCAUCUCCUCAUUUUACUAUAAUCAUAGCUCCGCUCAUCACACUAACUGUUGACUUGUAAUGAUGCACGUUAAAUGGGAGGUUUAUGGAUCUAAUGGUGUGUGUGUGUGUGUGUGUGUGUGUGUGUGUGUGUGUGUGUGUGUGUGUGUGUGUGUGUGUGUGUGUGUGUGUGUGUGUGUGUG